AUGCUUCUUAUACUUGAAGAAAAUCCUUCUGCACCUAAUGAAAAGGAUAAUGCAAUAGUACGUGAAUUCCUAAAAAGAAUGCGUAAUCCGAAUAAAGUUGAACCUUUAGAAAGUUUACCAUUCCCUCCAAAAAUUGAUGAAAGGGCUUUUUUAGACCAAACAAAACCUAAUCAAAGAAAAACAAAGGCUGCAAAUGGUUGGUUCUUUUACAGAAAAGCUUAUGUUGAAGAAUUAAAAGCUAUUGGAAGAACUUAUCCUAUGACGGAAAUUUCAAAACACAUUGCUGAAUUAUGGAAAAAAGAACCUGAACAAGUUAGAAAUUAUUAUAAAGAGCUUGCUAUUAAAGCUGCUAAUUUACAUCAUCAAAAAUAUGGAGAUAAUGUUAAACCUACUGAAUCUAAAGUGAAAAAACUUAAUGAAUCUAGAGGGAAAAAACCUAAGAAACCUAACCAUGAACCUCUAACAAAUUCAAUAAAGCCUACGGAACCAACAAUAUUAACAGAACCUGUACCACCAUCUCCUACCGAAAUAAAAGGUGUUACGAAUCCACCAUAUUUGCUUCCACCUCAUCCGUUAUACUAUUAUAAUAUUUUAGAUGAACCUUUACCUUACAGUUUUAUUCUUGACGAUGCCGGCUAUUAUAAUGAAGAACGAUCAUUUUUUUAUAAUGAAGGACAAUCAAUUUUUUGUAAUGAACAACAAUCAUUUUUUUUGUCCACAUGUGAACACAAUGAACAUAGAAUAAGUUAUUUUUAA